UCGGGUGCGUCUGACAUUGCCGCACAAUUUACGGUACACUUUAUUAUUCUCCGCAAGUACCCACAUACUUACGCGGUACUGGAUUGUUGCGAUCGUGGCCACGGCGAUAGUGCACAGCGUAUCAAAUCAUACGCUUCGCAUUGCUCAUCAAAGGUGGGAGGCGUUCGUACAUACAUUCAUCAUCCGCAUCGAUUGCGCCUCUCGCAACCACCAGUGACGAGCAGUAAAAAGUGAAAACACGACCAAAGGAUUAGUCACCUUUAUUGGGCCAAUACUAAUCAGUGCUGCUCCAUAAACAAACACCUACCUUAGAGGUUCCCCAAGUGUCACACAACUUCAACCAUGGCAAAGAAACCAUCAGUACAACCAGCCCUGCACAAAGUGAUAAUGGUGGGCAGUGGUGGUGUGGGCAAAUCAGCCCUUACUCUACAAUUUAUGUAUGAUGAAUUUGUUGAGGACUAUGAACCAACCAAGGCAGAUUCCUAUCGGAAAAAGAUCCUCCUUGAUGGAGAAGAUGUACAAAUUGAUAUUCUAGAUACAGCAGGUCAGGAGGACUAUGCUGCUAUAAGGGACAAUUACUUUCGAAGUGGUGAAGGUUUUCUGUGCAUAUUCUCCAUCACAGAGGAUGAAAGCUUCCAAGCCACUCAGGAAUUCAGGGAACAAAUUUUACGCGUGAAAAAUGACGAGAAUAUCCCUUUCUUAUUGGUCGGAAACAAAUGUGAUUUGGAGGAUAAGAGGAAAGUGACUUUCCAGGACGCCAGCGAGCGCGCAAAGCAAUGGGGCGUCACCUAUGUAGAAACCUCGGCUAAGACACGGGAACAUGUGGACAAGGUGUUCUUUGACUUGAUGCGUGAGAUCCGAGCGCGAAAAGUCGAAGAGAACAAGAUGAACAACGGCAAGGGCAAGGAUAAGAGCAAGAAGAAGAAGCUCAAGUGCGUCAUUUUAUAAUUCCGCUUGUGUGGGGGGCUAAGAGAAGGACAAUCCUGCAAAAAAAAUCUCGUUCAUAUACUUUUACUGCUGUAUAAGUCGGUGCCGUCUGUCGAUCAUCGUUUAUUGUUUGUUCGGCGCUUGCAAUUUGGUGUUCAUCUAAGUUUCUAUCACCUAUCUGUCUGUCUGCUUCUAGAUAUGUUCUCUAAGCGUGUAAAUAUUUCUCACAAACGAGCGCCUAGUGUUAUAAUAACGAGUAUAAUCAGAUAAGACUAAGUCAUAAUCGAUAUUUUUACCUGUAAUCAUAAAACUAACACUUAAAAACAACAGCGGAGAAGAGGAACUCACUAUUAGUGGAUGCAAUUGUACACUUUUAUAAUUUUAUAUAUGCGCUCAUCAAACGUGUUUUUGAUACACUCACGUAUCAGAGGAUAGGAAUACUCUUACGUUUCGAUUCCUAAGUAUAUAAGAGAGACAUUUAUUUAUGUAAAAUGUCAAUGUUUGCGUUCUGUUUCUUGUCCACACUUUACUUUGCAUUACGUUUGAUUUACUACUCAUCUAUUUUCAGGUUUUUAUGUUUUGAGUGUUGAUCAAUCAACAUCACACAACCACGGGCAACACACGGAGACUAACGCUGCGCAGAUGAAUUAGUUCAAAGUAAGAUUUACGGACAAAGAACGAACAGAAUUGAUGUAUAUUUAUAUUAUUCCAUUAUUAUUCUAUUAUACGAUAAUAUAAAA